UUUUUUUGUCGUUCAAGUUGCUAAAAUGCCCAAUAGGACAACAAUAGAGUACAUGACACUAACUUUCAAAAAAACAAAAAUGUAAAUGAGAAGGGGCUAGAAAAAGUAAAGAAGAGUAGACAAAAAACAUCGUACAAAGCAUACAAACGUUAUCCGGAUAAAAAUCGACCUUUUCUUUACUACUCACCACUCAAUUUCACCCUGUCAUCUCGUUCUCCAAUUAUUCACAACUCCUUCAAUCCUCAGAUCUUACCUUUACUUGAAACGCAAUCAGGCAGAAGAAAAUGUCGAAACCCACAAAUCCCUUCAACCUCUUUCGUUUCCUCUUCAUUUUUCUUGCAUUGUGGAGAUUCCCUGUAUUGGCGAACCAUGACGGACCAUACAGUCGCAGUAGCAGCAUAGUCUUCACCACUCUUGGAAGAGCAAGCUAUUGUUUUGAUAUCUAUUCGCUUCCACUCUGGGUCGCACCCGCUAGCUCCAACGAACUUCAGCUGACUGAUGGAGUUUCCGUUAAUUUCAACGGCUAUUUUCCUUCGCCCUCAUCAGUCUCCAUGCUCUUCGGAGCACCUGAUCGGACCCAGGGUGAUGUCUCUCCUCCUCCUCUCCAUCUCGUCUAUGUUACGGAAAGAAAUGGUUCUUCGCAUGUAUUUCUGGACUCGCUUUAUUACGGUGGACGCGAGCACGCUGGAUCGAGAGCAAUCCUCGAGGAAGACCCGUCUGAGUCAACUCGGAGCGAGCUGACUCGUUUUCAGUUCCCUCUGGUGGGUUUGGAGCAGUCCGAUGGCCGGGUUUCGAUGAAGGACAAGCCGACUUUGGUGGGUGAGUAUUUGAUUUACGUGUCGACUCAUGAGAACACGGGUGUGCCUCGGACGAGUUGGGCUGCUGUGUACUCGACCCACUUGAAGACCGGGUCGACUCGGAGAUUGACGCCGUACGGGGUGGCGGAUUUUAGUCCUGCAGUUUCGCCUUCCGGGGUUUGGACUGCGGUGGCGUCGUACGGGGAGAAGGGGUGGGAUGGUGAAGUUGAGGACCUCGGUACGGAUAUUUAUUUGUUCUCGACUCGGGACGGGGCAAGCCGAGUCAAGGUGGUUGAACACGGUGGAUGGCCGAGUUGGGCUGAUGAUUCAACUUUCUACUUCCACCGGAGGUGCGAGGAUGGUUGGUGGAGCGUUUUUAAGGCUAGUAUUCUGAAGAACCAAAAGCUCGGUGUUGACUCGGUGGUGACUGAGCGAGUCACCCCACCGGGUUUCCACGUGUUCACGCCUGCAGCUUCGACGUCUAACAAGAGCUUUAUUGCUGUAGCAACAAGAAGACCCGACUCGGAGUUUCGCCACAUUGAGCUGUUCGACGUCGUUUCGAAACAAUUCGUCGAAUUGACCCAACCCAUAUCGCCCAACGUCCACCACUUGAACCCCUUCGUCUCUCCGGACUCAAUCCGGGUCGGGUACCAUAAAUGUAGAGGGUCAAGCAAUGGGCACAUGAGAACCAACCUGAUACUUGAGAACCUUAAGAACCCGUUCUCUGAAAAAAUCCCCCUUUUCCGAUUUGAUGGAUCUUUCCCUUCAUUUUCGGCGGAUGGAUCACGGAUCGCCUUUGUAGAUUUUCCGGGUGUUUAUGUGGUAAAUAGUGAUGGGUCGGGUUUACGGAAGGUUUUCGAGAGAAAUGCUUUCGCAACCGCGUGGGAUUGGAAAAGAAAAGGGGUGGUUUACACCAGCGCAGGGCAAGAAUUUUCAAGUGAAAGUACCGAUGUGGACAUAGUCUCUAUCAAUGUUGAUGAUGAAAAUCUUAGCUACAAACGAUUGACUAGAGGAGGAAAAAAUGAUGCAUUUCCAUCCGCUUCGCCCGAUGGAAAAUGGGUUGCGUUCCGAUCGGGUCGAUCCGGGCACAAGAACUUGUAUGUAAUGGAUGCCUUGGAAGGAGAAGCGGGUGGGCUUUAUAGGUUGACGGAGGGUCCGUGGUCCGACACGAUGUGUAACUGGUCUCCGGACGGUGAGUGGAUACUCUUCGCAUCUGACCGAGAAAAUCCGGGGUCGGGCAGCUUUGAGCUGUUUAUGGUGCAUCCGAAUGGAACGGGGCUCCACAAGUUGGUCCAGAGUGGCUCGGGCGGGCGGGCGAACCACCCGUGUUUCAGCCCGGAUGGUAAGUACGUUGUGUUCACCUCGGACUAUGCUGGAGUGUCAGCUGAGCCAAUAUCAAAUCCUCAUCACUAUCAGCCAUACGGUGAGAUAUUUGUGAUCAAAUCGGACGGUUCUGGGAUACGCAGAUUAACUCACAAUUCAUAUGAAGAUGGGACUCCUGCCUGGGGCCCCAAAUACAUGAAGGAUGAUGAUGUUGAAUGGCCUAAUGGUGGAACGACGUGUUCUUUCGAGGACUGUCACUGGCUCAAUAUCAGUCCUGACAAUAAUGCUGCCACGAAAUGUUCGAGCCUGUACUCUGCACCUGUUAAACCUCAGUGUUAUACUAAUUGAGUGGACAAAAACUGCUUGUCUUAUGAUCAUGCACUUACCACUUGUUCUAGAAAAUCUAGUCAGUUUAUGAUGAGUACAAUGAUGUAAAUGUUGCGAUGAACUGCAAUCACGCACUCCAUGUAAAUGAUGAGUACAAUAACGAACUUUAUGUGAAUGUUGUGAA